AUGUUGAUGGUCAAUCGCCAAAUAUCCGCCAUUGCGAUUCUGGCCGCCUCUGUUGCGGCAAUAGACCUCGACGUCAAUGAUGAGCAAUCCUUGAAGAACGCCGCAACAAUUGCGGCUUUUAACACCAUGUCGAAUUACACUUCUAAUGUCACUGGUAACAUUCCUGGAAAAUUGAAUGAGUCGUGGGGGGAAGGUGGUGUCUUGUUCCAGACAAUGAUCCAAUACUGGUAUCUUACCGGCGAUGCUUCCAAUAAUGACGCCGUGAGUCAAGGGAUGUACUGGCAGCGCGGGAAUGAUGACUACUUUCCUGCCAAUUAUAGCCAAUAUUCCAGCAAUGACGACCAUAUGGCUUGGGGUCUCGCUGCUAUGACUGCCGCAGAGCUGGGAUAUCCACAGGAUUCUUCGAUGCCAUCGUGGUUGACUUUAGCUGAGGCUGUGUUCCAACUUCAGAGUCUGCGAUGGGAUACAGAAAGUUGCAAUGGAGGCUUGCGUUGGCAGAUUUGGCCGUAUCAGGAUGGGUACAACAAGAAAGGUGCACUCAGCAACGGAGGACUUUUUCAACUCUCUGCCCGUCUGGCUCGAUACACUAACAAUCAGACCUACUCUGACUGGGCAGAGAAAAUUUGGGAGUGGAGUACUCGUGUGCCCUUGGUGAAUACUACUGAAUGGACAAUUGGCGACACAGUGGAAGUUGCAUCGGAUUGCAAGUCACACGGGGAUCUGUCGUGGACCCAUAACUACGGAGCAUAUAUCAGUGGCGCCGCCUACAUGUACAACGUGACCAACGGUCAAUCCAAAUGGAAAUCAGGUGUCGAUGGCCUGCUCAAUACGACCUUUCACAAGUUUUUCCCCGACAAGUACGGCGGCAAAAUCAUGGUGGAAAUUAGCUGCGAGGCUACGCGGGUCUGUAGUCGGUCCCAAGAGAUAUUCAAAGGACUUCUUGCGUCUGAGCUUGCGUUUGUCACCCGUAUGGUCUCAUACAUUGCAUCGGAAAUCCUGCCAAGAUUGCAGGGUUCUGCUAUUGGGGCCGCGAAACAAUGCACUGGUGGACCGAACGGGACUCUUUGUGGCCGGCGAUGGUACCAGUCAGAGUGGGAUGGUACUGCAGACAUCGAGGAACAAAUAAGCGCCACCAGCCUCUUCACCUCGAACCUGGUUGCCUUCCAGCAUCUCAACAUCGCCACACAAAAGACCUCAACUUCCGCCCAAAACACGUCCAGCACGGCGACUGGAACGCAGAGUCCCACAAGCACCACUCCCAAGGUCGAUAGCGGGACUCAUCGUUUGAGAAGUCCGCUAGGCGCAGUUCUCGCUUUGAUGGUGUCAAUUUCCAGUCUAGUGUGGCUCUGA